GUGCCAAUCCAUCAAUCCCUCUUCAUUUCUUCCUCUUUGUUUCUCCUUUUUUGUGCAGGAUCUCCAUCUCCAUCUUUCAAAAUGAUUAUUUACAAGGAUAUCAUCUCUGGUGACGAGGUCCUCUCGGACACCUACAACAUCAAGACCGUCGACGGUGUUCUCUACGAGUGCGACUGCAGGAAGUACCUCAAGAAGACGAACGAGGACUUCGAGCUCGAGGGAGCCAACCCUUCCGCUGAGGGUGGCGAUGAUGAGGGUGGUGCUGAAGGUGGUGAGGUUAUGGUUCACGACAUUGAGGACCAGUUCCGUCUCGUCUGGCUCAAGGCCGAGGACGGUGCCAAGCCCCCCAAGGAUGCCUUCAAGGGUCACCUGAAGACCUACAUGAAGAAGGUCCUCAAGGCCCUCCAGGAUAAGGGUGCCCCCGAUGAGACCAUCAACGAGUUCAAGAAGGGUGCUCCUGCUGCCGUCAACAAGAUUCUCAAGAACUACGACAACUACGAUGUUCUCAUGGGCGAGUCCAUGGACGGUGAUGCUAUGCACAUCCUGAUUGACUUCCGUGAGGAUGGUGUUACCCCCUACGCCACUCUCUGGAAGCACGGUCUUGAGGAGAUGAAGGUUUAAGUUCCACGAAUUAUGAAGAAUAUUGUUCAACGAGCAAAACAAAAGAAGGGAGAUGGAAAUCGCAACGAUCAGGCCUCGAGUUCGCUCAGCUGGCGAUUGCUAUCCCAUUUUCAUAUAAUAUCCCAAGCUCUUCCACAUCGCAUAUUCUGGAUCCUAUUUGAUCAGAGUCACGCCUCAUGAAUACCAUACUCGUUACGUCCAUAUCUUCGAAAGAUGGCUUGAAUACCCAUAUAAUGCUACCCGGCUUCUUGACCAACCUUCACCCUAUACAUAUUCCGGCUCUCGCACAGUACCUUCAAACUAGCUGGAAUGAUCUGCUAGCAAUCGUAAAGCGAGUAUUGUAUUAUCGUCUCAUAUAACACAAAUUUUACAA